AGACGAGGAUGUGGGCAGGGCCCGUGGGCAUGUUUCUAAGACAGGCCACGGCAGCCACACUAAACGAAGCGUGUCGUUCGCCUUUUUUACCAGUCUAAGAAUCUCGCUGGCGGAAGUCGGACCUAACACUGGGCAGGGAGACAUUGGCCAGCCGAAGACAAUGUGAUGUGAAUUCUGUAGCAUAUUACUGACGGCCCACAUGCAGGACGUCGCCCAAGGAUGAACAUCAUAGCGUCGUCAGCGGUCCAGAAGAAAACAUGUCUGCAGGCCGGGUGCAGCACACACCAAGAUCCGUCCACGAGGCCGAGACCAAACGGGCUCGCAGACAGCCAGGACAGACAUACAAACACACAGACUGGCAAGUUUACGGACCUGCAAUUUUACAGGCAUUGGGAAAUAUGAGUGGGGGGGGAUGGGGGUUCCCCUUCAGGCUUCAUCGACAAACUAAACCACAUUUCAGCCCCUCCAAGGGUGGUGCACUGGCCCAGUCCCAGCUCGGCGCUGACCUGUUAUUGAGUACUACUCUGUAUCCGUACUAUCCUGUAUGUACGGAUAUCUGCUAUGGAGCAACUGGCCGAAAGGUUUCCACUCGCCACGCUUACAUGACGAGGCGUCAUCCUGGGGUGGAAAAACCUGCCGCAAGGAAAUGUAAAGGCAGAAGAAAACAAAGAAGGGGGGGGAACCCGUCAGUGAUCCGCAAAAGAUUGCCCAAUCCUAGGCGUCCGACGAUUCCAUGACGCUUUCUGGGCUUUGCCGUCGUCGCUCCCAAUCCCUGUUCGUUCGAGUCCCAGAAUACAACCCUGCCGCCCUUCACAAAGGACUGAAACAAAGAAAUCCCUACGCUGAACCCAUGAUCUACACUA